AUGAACCUACACGACGCCAUUCAUCUGCUUUUCGUACCAUUCUUAAUUGCCACCAUCUCAACGGCGACUGGCCAACAAUACAAAGAGGCCAUCGAAUUGUCAAUGGCCAACCACGACCAGGUGCUGGCGAGUGCCCAAGUAGUGUUUGUUGCGUUCUGCGCCGACUGGUGUCCAUUUUCUCGACGCCUUAAGCCAAUUUUCGAGGAAUCGGCGCGAGUGUUCCAUAAAGAGAAUCCGAAUGCGCCCGUCAUCUGGGCCAUUGUUGACAGUCAGAGACAGGCGGAUGUUGGUGACAAAUACUUUGUUAACAAAUACCCAACGAUGAAAGUUUUUGUGAAUGGAGAACUUAUUCAAAAGGAGUACAGAUCCUCCCGCUCCGUCGAAGCCCUCACUAACUUCGUCAAAUAUCAGCUUUCAACCGCCAUUAAUGAAUUUGCUUCUCAAGAUCAACUCGAUGCAACUCUUGAUACUUCAAAGAGGAACAUUAUUGCAUGGUUGAGAAAAGAUGGUCCAGAAUAUGCGAACCUCAAAAAAAUCGCUUCCCUGUUGCGUGAAGACUGCACAUUCUGGGUGCCAACAGAUGAACUCGCGGGUAAAAACACGGAAAAUAAACUGUCUUUCAAGGACCCUGACAAUGAAGGCGAAGUAAAGUUCACAGGAAAUUUCCAUGAUUACGAGUAUUUGAAACAAUGGGUGACCGACAAGUGUAUCCCAUUAGUCAAGGAAGUCACAUUCGAGAAUGUCGAAGAACUCACCGAAGAAGGGAUGCCAUUCCUCAUAUUUUUCCGCGAUCCCGCUAAUCGCGAAGGUGACAAGGUGUUCGCAGAAGCAGUCGCUCGCGAACUGCACGAUCAGCGAUCGGCUGUGAAUCCUCUUCUCGCCGAUGGUCACAAAUUCGCCCAUCCUCUCAAACAUCUCGGAAAAACCAAAGAGGACUUGCCAGUGCUGGCUAUCGAUUCUUUCCAACACAUGUACCUUUUCCCGGAUAUGUCGCAGCUCAAUGUGCCUGGCAAAUUGAGACAAUUCAUCAUGGAUUUGCAUUCUGGAAAAUUGCACAAAGAAUUCCAUGAGAACCUCGACCAACGAAUGAUCGAGUUGGCCAAAGCUAAAGCUGAGCGCGGAAUCACCGAUGAACAUGAGAACGAGCCGCCAGCGGCUCGUCCAGUUGACACAACUCCACCCCCAUCAGUUUUCAAAGAGCUUAAACCAUCUGAUAAGCGCUACUCUAUUCUUCAGAAGACUGAACUUUAG